CGUCCUCUCUCUCUCCCACUUGCGAGAUUUUUUUCUUUCCAAGACCAAGAGGAAUCUGAGACACGCGAAACCGAUUCCGAGUCAUCGCCGCCGUGAGGAAUGGAAAUGGGGCCGAAGUUCGACGACGAGUCUUCGCCACGUGGUGAUGACGGCGGAGAUGAAGAUCAUGGCCUGAGGGAGGAAGAUGGAGGGACUCCUGAGCCUUUCGCUGGAGGUAAAGUCAGGAGGAAAGCGUCUCGCUAUAGAGAGCACCGUGGUGACUAUCUCCACGUGUCCUCGCGUCCUGGAUUGAUGCGGAUCCUGGAGAAACAAGGUGACACGUCGAUUCUCUUCGCUGAUAAAGUUUUAAAGUUCACUGGCUCGGGGAAGAUGAAAAGGCGUAUUUUUAUCCUCACUGACUUUGCUAUCUAUCUAAUCGAUCCCGAGACUGAGGCUAUGACCAGGAGAAUAGGCCUGGCAGCAGUAGAAAAGAUGUGUUUAAGCAAAUUGAGCGAUAACUUCUUCGCCAUCAUUAUUCCCACGGAAUAUGAUCUAUUCAUGGCCAGCACUCGAAAGACUGAACUUGUUCAGGUCAUGGUAGAUGUGACUAAAAGUGCAUCUGACUAUGAACUUGAAGUGCUUCUCUCUAACAGAUUUGAGUACAAUGCUUCUGCAUCAUUAGUAAAGGAAGUCUCAUUUGAAGAAACUGAAGGGGGUAUCAAGACCAGAUUUAAGUGGAAGUGACAUCUUAAUUUUCCUCGCUGUUCAUAACUUUGGAGAGGAGCAAGCCCGUUGCGAAUAUGAAUGGAUUCUUUCCUGUUGGCUACGAAAAGCUGAAAUAAGGGCGGUAUGUUGUUUAUUGUAUUCUGCUCUUCCGUGGAAAGAACUAUGUAUUUUUUUUAUAUAUGAAGAAGUGUAUUUUAUUAUGUAUGAAUUGAGUUCCUUUUCUGGUCUUGCUAGAAAGCGACUGAUCAGUAACGUCAUUCACUAAACCUUUUUUUUGGUUAUGCCUUUUUAUAGACUGAACUGAAAUAUUAU